AUGUUUGCCAUGACGACGCGUUCCGGCAGCCCAUCCACUUCCACCGCCAGCCAAGGCUCGUCCCACGACCUAAUCGACUUAUUCGACAUUGUUGCCAAUCAAGGCGCUUACCUCGUUCCUCGCGUACAUACACCGGUAUUUCAAAAAGCCUACAAUGCCCAAUUUCCCGCUGAACUUGAAAUGCACCUCGAUGCGCUUUGCAUAGUACGGAAUUGCAGAUGUGCCAGUUACAACGACGCCGACGACGAAUGGCCCAUUGGACGCACGCCCCCAGAGGUUAAGGGAAAGCGCGAGGCCGAGUUGAAGGCGUGGGAUGAGAUCGCAGGUAUUACCUCGGACGAGAGUGGUGACGACGACAAAGAUACAGGCAGUACUGAUAUCGACGCCAGACUCGACUCGGAGAAGGCAGUGACAGCACCAGCACCGAGUCCACACCAAGCAGCCUGGCUUGCGACACCACCACUGUCCGCCGAAAGUUCGCUGACCACACCGCAUAGGCCGAAGCAGCUGGAGAGAUCAGAGAAAGAUGCCGGUGAGGAGGACCGUCCCACCAAGAAGCACGUCAGCUCUGCGGAAAAGGUCACAGCCCAAGAGGUCUCAGCCACUGCAGAAGAUAUUAUACCCCACACAGCGCAGCAUAAGGGCCGGAAGCGGCGACGGGAUCUUGACGGGGACGAUAGACCGGAAGGAGACGAGGCGCGCCCGACCAAGGUAUGA